AUGACUUAAUUUGCAAAAUCUUAUAAUACUUCAAGUUUGCCCAAUUUUAGAUAUGCGACUUCAGAGGAUCUCUUUGAAAUGGCAAGAUCUAAUAGGCCAUAGCCAGUAUAAUAGGAGAAACCCUCUUCAUUAAUCUAAUCAACUGGUCAGUUACCCUAAGUUCAACACGGUGCUGUGAUCCCAACCAACAAGAAUUUAUACUACCAAAUGAAGCACUAAUUAGGAAUGGUGCACAGCCCUGGAAGUAUUUCAGAUCAAGCUCAGAUUAAGACUUAGGUCUUUAAGUUAAACAAGAUAUAUAAGGAUUCUGAUAACCUAACCAAUGAUAAUAAGCUAUCUCUGAGCUAAAACAAUUUCUUUGCUAGAGGGAAGCCUACUGGCUCAUUAAUUGGUAAUGAUCUGCGCAGGUCGAUGGGGAGUUUCACUGGUAAUAUUGAGAGUGAUAGGUCAAAUACUCUUCAGAAUGAUCAUCCUCAUUUCAGAUUAUUUAAGGAUGGUUUGACUAAAGUCACAUUAGGGAACUCGCAAGUCAGGUUUGGUAAAAAGGUUUAUCUUAACACAAAUACUCCCUAAUGCAGUUAUAGUAGAAUACCGAUUCCUGGGAAUACCAACCCUCAUGGGUUAGAUAUGGAUAGAGAUAACUUCAAACUUAUGCCAGCUAAGAAAAGAUUAAGCCCCUUGAGAACUCCCUAGGAAGAUUUAAUGAUAAUUGAUACUGAUAACAACAACUUCAAUCCUAAGAGUCACACUAACUACUUCAAUGAUUUCUUUGGAUUCAAAGACAAAGGAAAGAGAUAGAUUAAUGAGGAUUUCCCAAUUAAAAUGAAAAUGGAUAGAGAGUAUAACAUUAUCAACAAUGAUAUAAAUAAUGAGAACCUUUAGAAAAAGUAAGAUGCUACGUUCUUCAAAGAAAAGAAGGUUCAGUUGAACACUGAGAAUAGAUAUUUCAUUCCACCUAAGAUUGAAAGCAUUAGAAAUUCAGUCGAAAGAGCUACUAAUUUUCAUUAGCAGAACAAAGCUGAUAAGAAAUAUUUAUAAAAAAUUGAGAAUACCAACUUCGCCGGUCAAAGCACCUAGAUCGCUAACUUCAAGUAAUUUAGAUCGAUUAACCCUCAGACAUGGACAUGA